AGGAGGGAACAGACCGUCAGUGGCUGACUCUGGAUGAGAGGGAUAGGGACAGAUUCUCACUUCUUUUUUCAGGCUUUUUCCUGCAUCCUUUUCUUGCGCUUGUUUUUUCUUUUCAAUCACUCCGCACUCAUUCGCUUUCUGUGUCCCUCUUUGUUUCCCGCUGCUGAUUCUUUCUCUCUCUGCAGUCUUUAUUCUCUGUCCUACAUUCUGACUUAUCCGUCUGUCUGUCCUCCUCUGACUCACCUAUGGCAACUUGACGGUGAGCCUCUUUGUCUUUUUCACCUCCGUCCCUCUUUCUCUCCCUCUCCUCAGUCUUACCCUCCUCUUCACUUCCUUUCCUCGCACCUGUCUGUCAUUUAUCUAUUGUCUUUCGCCGUGAGGAUGCCAGUGCUGGAGGGGCUCUGGGGCCCAGAUCUCAGGAUGCGAGACUCAAGUCUUGGAGUCGAUGUCGGAGUCUGUCCAGACGAGGCUCCUCACUCGCCGGUCUGGGGGCCUCUCAGGACACCUCCUAUCACCUGCGGCGGGGGGCUGUCACUGGCUCUGGAGCUUCCUGCUCUCAUACGGCAGCUCAGGGCAGCCUGGAGGGCUCGAAGGGGAGGCCCCCAGGGGCCUGAGAGAAGUCAAGCGGGCACUUGGGUGGAAUCAGGGAAGGGAGAGGUAGAGGAGGUGAAGCUUGACAUAGAGGACAGAAGCGCUCCACUGGAAGCUGAUGGCAGACUGAACACUGGUCAUGCUGGUGUGUUGCUGGUUGAGAGACGAGGCUCCUACCCGCUGAUUGACCUGCGAAUCCUCAAAACCAGUGCCCAGCAGGGGGAGGUAGAGGCCGGCACCAGGAGAAAGGUGAAGCGUCUGCUGAGCUUUCAGAGAUACUGUCACGCCUCCAGGCUGCUCAGGGGGUUGGUGCCCCACACCCCCGGGUCACUGCACCUACUGGACGACGACUACCUGGGACAAGCUGCGCAUAUGUUAUCAAAAGUCGGCACGUGGAACUUUGACAUUUUCCUGUUUGAUCGUCUUACAAAUGGUAACAGUCUGGUGACUCUGAUGUGCCAUCUCUUCAAUGUCUACGGUCUCAUUCAUCACUUCCAGCUGGACAUGGUCAAACUGCACAGGUUUCUUGGCAUGGUGCAAGAGGACUACCACUCCCAGAAUCCCUAUCACAACGCUGUUCAUGCUGCUGAUGUCACUCAAGCCAUGUACUGCUACCUGAAGGAGCCCAAGCUGGCAGAGCAGCUGACUCCUCUAGACGUGUUUCUGGGUCUGAUGGCAGCAGCCGCCCAUGACGUGGACCAUCCUGGAGUCAACCAGCCCUUCCUCAUUAAGACCAGACACCACCUGGCGUCCCUCUACCAGAACACGUCUGUGCUGGAGAGUCACCACUGGAGAUCCACUGUGGGCAUGCUGCGAGAGUCAGGACUGCUGUCCCACCUGCCCGCUGACAUGUCGCAGGACAUGGAGCAGCAGCUGGGCUCUCUCAUCCUGGCGACAGACAUCAGCAGGCAGAAUGAGUUCCUGUCGACCUUCAGAGAACAUCUGGACAACCAGGACCUGGACCUCCAGCUCGCUUCACACAGGCACUUUAUCCUGCAGAUUGCUCUGAAGUGUGCAGAUGUCUGUAAUCCAUGUCGAGUUUGGGAGCUGAGCAGACAGUGGAGUGAGAGAGUGUGUGAGGAAUUCUACAGGCAGGGUGACCUGGAGAGAAAGUUUGACAUGGAGAUCAGUCCUCUGUGUAACCAGCAGGCAGACUCCGUCCCAGCCAUUCAGAUAGGGUUCAUCUCCUACAUCGUGGAGCCUCUGUUUGAGGAGUGGCAUCGCUUUACCGAGCCCAGCUCGCUCAGUCAGACCAUGAUGGGUCACCUGCACAAGAACAAGGCCCGCUGGAGCCGCCUACGAUAUGCACACACACCGUCAGACACGCACUCCCACUCAGAGGAGCCUGAAGGAGGAGAAGGAGGAGAGGGGGAGGAAAUCCCUUAAUCGUCCUCUUGCCUCUUGAGGCGUUUGAUCUUCCUUUGUAAAUGGAGGAGUGGAGUGUUUAUCCACCUCCUUGUUCGUCCUCCAGCUUAUUUUCUCCCACUGCUGGGUGCUCGCAGGCUCUGUGAGUGGGAGUACUGGAUGAAAGGAGAAAUGGCGCCCUCUGCUGGAGCGGAGGAUUGUAGCAUUGAAGAUGGAGAGAUUCACGGUCAUGCAGAUGGAUGCAUUAUCUUAGUAAAUAUAUGCCAAUUUGACAAAGUCAUGCCUUGCUCUUUAACCCAAUGAUAUCUGGCAGGCGUUAAAAGGUCAAAGCUGACGGCAGAAGAGGGAUCAGGGAGGAGAAAUGUUUGAACACUGCUGCUAGAACAAUGAAGAAGCCAAAAUUCUAUACAGCUGGACUGUGCCAGGAGAGAUGACAUAAAAUAUAUGAAAGAGGAAUAUAUGAAUAUACCCACGAUACUAUGCUUUUUAAACUUUUAGACUGAAUGACACUCUUUUCACUUUUCCUCUUUUUGUACAGCUUGCACUUCUAUUGGAUGAUCUUUUGUACAAGUGUCUCACUUGUCUACUUUUCACUGAAGCGCAUUUUUAACUCACUAAAUUGGUAUGUCACGGUACUGUAAACUGUAUUUUGUUGUAACAUGGUAACCUGUUGACUGACUGAACUGACUGAUACGAUUAACGAGUGACAGAAAGUGGCUCCAGCUGGUGUCGCCGAGAUGUGCGAACACUGGAUGUUUUUGGACUUGUGGAGAAAACAAAUCGGGGCCAUUCUUUUUUAACGUGUUCAUGUAAUGUUAUAAAACAGUAUAAUCUGUACAUACUGUGACCUCAGCACUUCACAUGCCAAAAUCUCAGCAAUGUCUUUUUGCUGGGUAUUGGGAAAUAUAACUCUCACACUGGUGUUACCUUUGUAACAA